CCUUAGGCGCCGCGUUUGCCUCAAUGGUUGUGCGUUCUUGAGGCAAUUUGCGAUCAGGUUUGAAUCAAACCGGCGGAUAAAUGUUCGAUUAAUAAUCGCCGCCUUCCAUCGAAGGUCGUACAAAAUAAGAAAGAAGCAAAGGACUUGCGGACGCACGCGAUUCUUGUGACCAAUUAAUCGAAUUCCACAAGGAAUUAAUAAAAGAUAUUACUCCUUUUGAAUUAUUAAGAACGAUACGGAAAACUCUUCAACUCACUUUGAAAUUCAAAAAUUAUCACUUUUUUUUUUUCAAACGGUGUCAAAAUAUCUGAAAACUUUUUAGUAUUCUUCUAAUGGCAGUCAUAAAGGAGGGAAAAUACUAAGACUGAAGUUUUGUUUAAUAAACAUUUAUAUGGUCAGAGGUCGCGUAACGAGUCCAUUUAUUUUUUGUAUCCCGGUCGACCCUGACGACUUUUUUAUUUGAUGAAGGACGAAGAAAGUGUGGAUAGCAACGUGAAAAAAUAACAGACAAAUGGUGAAUUCCGCAAAGCUCAAAGGUAUCCACGAAGAAGCGAAAAAGAGACAGGAAGAGUGAUUCAAUAGCAUUACUAUUCCACUACCACUACCACGGAUCAACGUACCACCGCAUGCCUUAUUCAGACGUCGAGCGGACUCAUGGCUCAGCCCCGUUGACUCUUGGACAGCUACGAAAAAGUCGACCUGUCUUGCCUGGAAGCAACCAGAUCCAUGACGUCAUUGAUAAAUAUUGGUAUUACGGAGAAUCUCGCGACAAGAGAGGCUCAUUUCCUUCUAAUCACUUACAUAAGGUUGAUUUACCUAAUUGUGACAAUUCUGAAAAUAUCUUCGUAGCUAUUGCUCCAUUUCAAGGUGAACAAGAAGGAGAUCUAUCAUUUUCUGCAGGAGAACUUGUUAUUGGAGAGCAGCAAGUUGGUACUGACUGGUAUUUUGGUCGUAUUAAUUCAAGAACUGGAAUAUUUCCAUCAACUCAUGUUUGGUUAUUGAAUCCUUCAAUACUUAAAAAAAAUACUUCAAAUCGACAAGUAAAAAAAAAGGCAAAAGUAAAAGCAUCGCUAAAAGCACAAUUAAAUGAAGAAUUGGAUUUAGCUGCAGGUGAAAUAGUGACAGUAUUAGAAAUUUUAGGAGACGGUUGGGUGCUUGGCGUUACAUCGGAUGGAAGGAAAGGAACAUUUCCAGAAAGCUUUAUAAUAUAUAUUGAAGAUCAUACUGACAGUGGUAUUGAUUUAAGUGAUCAAGCCUUUGGAGGGAGCAUGGAUCCUUUUCCGGAAUCAGUUGCAAGUGAAGGAAAAAUUUUUAAAGAUUUCGGAUAUUCAGUUCCAAGCCUAUCAAUGGAAGAACCAGCUCCUUCUUACUAUGAUUUAUUUCCUAAUGCAAGAUCUCAACCUCAUCAUACAGACGUAUAUGAAACUCAUAUUCCAACUAACAAUACAAAUCAUAAAUUAAAUUUAUUAGGAGAGAAACCUCAUGCCAUAACUUUGUACCCGUUUAAUGCUCAAUUCCCGAAUGAAUUAAACUUCAAAGCUGGAGAAGUAGUUCAUUUAAUUAAACAUAUUGAUUCAGAGUGGAGUGAGGGAACUAUAGAUAAUCAAAUAGGAAUUUUUCCAACGUCUUAUGUUAGUAUAAUUGUUGAUUGUUAUGAGAAUAAUGAUGAACAAACUCCAAAAAAUUAUUUAGAAGCAAUAAGAGUAUAUAAAAAAUUAUUUCCUGGAGAUAAGAUAAAAGUGCAAUAUACUUUCAAUGCACAAAUGAAUGGAGACUUGAGUAUAGACGAAGGAGAAAUUGUAACAGUAGUAGAAACAGUUAAUGAUGAUUGGCUUAGUGUAAAAAAUAAACAUGGAGACAUAGGACUUUGUCCGCGUGGAUACUUAAGUGAUGAAACUCAAGCACCUACAGAAGUAGAACAAGAUAUCGAAGAUUUCGUAGUAAUUCGGAAUCCUGAGCGAAAUUUAACUGAAGCUGAGGAAAUAAAACCUAAAAGAUUAUCAGAACCUCAUCGUCCAGCACCUCCAGCUCCUGUUCCUGGUUCUACUCCAUUAUCAAAACCAUCUAUAACAAAUAAAGUAACGAAUGAAAAUGAAAAUCAACAGAACAUUAAAGUUGAUGAAAUCGCAGAAGCAAAGCGAAAAAGAGCAGACCAAAGACAAAAUGUUAUAUCCGAGCUUGUAAUUACUGAAAAAGAAUAUGUUAGAGAUUUAAAAAUAACAUAUGAAACUUUCCAUCUAUAUGAUCCAAGUAUGUUAGAAAUACGAGGAAUAGAUGUAUCAAUUUUGUUUGGUAAUAUUUUAGAAGUAAUUCACGUUGCUGAAGAACUUCUAGAUUCUCUAUUGAAAGCGAUGAAAGGUAAAGAUGAAAACGAACAAAUGAUAUCUCCAUGUUUUUUACAAAUGGCUGAUAAACUUCAAUCGGUAUAUGUAAAAUAUUGUAGUAAUCAGGAAGCUGCUCUAUCUUUAUUAAAAAAGUAUGAAGAAAACAGAGAUAUAAUGAUAGUCUUCGAGAAAGGGAUUGAAACUCUUAGGUAUCAAAUUGCCUGUUUUGAUAUGAGUUCAAUUUUAAUCAAACCGGUACAAAGAAUCUUAAAGUAUCAUUUGAUGUUAUCGGAAUUAUUGAAAUGCACAGAAGAUGGACAUCCUGACAAAGUUGGUAUUGAACAAGCUGGUAAAGCAAUGACAGCUGUUGCGCUAUACAUCAACGAGUACAAAAGACGAAAAGAUAUUGUUUCUAAAUAUUUAGAUUGUGACAAUACUUUAAUAGGUAAAAUGUCAAAACUAAAUAUGCAUUCAGUUGCUAAAAAGUCUAGUAGAUUAAGUGCAAAAUUGGCAUCUACUUUGGGAUUGACAAAUAUACCUCCAGAUCCAGUAUUUGAAGAGCUUGAAAGACAAUUUAAAUCUUUAGAAAAAUGUGCAUCACAGUUAAUAGAUGAUAUAGAGCAGUGUCUCAGUUAUUUAAAUGAAGAUAGUGCUUGUGGAGAAUUAAUAUCUGAUUAUAUUAAUCAGUUCUAUUCUGGAGUGAAUAACAAUGAAGUUUAUCAGUAUCACCUGAUGCGAAUGAUGAUUGCUUCAAAAAACAUGGCAUUAUUUAGAGAUUCAAUAAACAAAAAAGUUAUUCAGCCUAUUAAUUCUUUAAUAACCAUGCUUGAGGGGCCUGCAAUGCUAAUUACUAAAAGACAUGAUAAAUUAUUAGAUUACGAUAAUGCCAUAUCAAAAGCUGAAAAAAACAAAGAAUCGCGAGCAAUCCAGGAAGAGUUAACGAAUACAAAAAGUAAUUAUGAAGCUUUAAAUCAACAACUUCAAGAAGAAUUACCAAUAUUGAUUGAAGCAUCAACGAAAAUUAUCGUUGCGUGUAUUCGAGAAUUUACAAAUGCACGGAAAUUACUUAAUGGUAGAAUCAUGCAGCAAUAUUUAAAUUUACCUACAUCUAUAACUCAAUCAGCAUCAGGCGAUAUUCUUCAAACAUUUUUAAUUAAUCAUAACUUACUUUGGAAUCAAAUUUCUCGAUUUAGCUUUGCUGGAGUUAAUCCUAAAGUUGAAGAAGCUAAAGUAGAUAUGUGUCUUCAAAGUGAAAAAGCAAGAAUUGCAUUAAGGCAAAGGUUUAGAGUAGAAAAAUUGUACGUUGUGCAAGAGGAUUUAAUCAGUAUUUCAGAUUUAGAUUUAGGAGCAGCCAAAGGAACGAUUGUAGGUAUAAUAAAGACUCAAGAUCCGAUGGGAGAUUCUUCUAGAUGGUUUGUUGACAAUGGUACUACCCAAGGAUUUAUUCCACGCCAUGUUUUACAACCUUUAGCUCAAUUGCAAUCUUCAUCUUUAGUUCCAACUAUAAAUAAUGAUGUUGUCGACUCUCGCACAAAUUUACCUGACCUCAUAUCCUUGGAUUCGCCAGAAAAAAUAACUAAUAUUGAUCUUAUAUCACUUGAAAGUCCUGAAAAACAAUCUAAAACUAUUCCUUCAAGUUUAUCACAAUCUUCAUGGUAUUUAAAUCUUGAUGAAAUCCAUAAUGAUAAUAAAAAUUAUCAAAAUUUACCUAUUGAGCCUGAACCUGAGCCUAGUCAAAGAUAUCAAAAUUUAAAGCCUAUGUUUUACCACGCUCGGUAUGACUUUAAUGAAGCCAUACCUGGUACUCUUGCCGUUAAAGAAGACCAAGAAUUAAAGCUCAUUAGAUCCAAGGAUGAAAAAGGAAAUACUGAAUGGUGGCUAAUGGAAGAUCGUGAUGGGAAAACUGGAUACGUACCUAGUAAUUAUUUAAAUUAAUACAACUUUUAAAGAAUGAUCCUAUCAAAGAAUCAAUUACGUUGAAUAAUUUACCCAAAUCGAGUGCCUUUUACUUUCCAAUAGAUUCAUUAUUGAUUAUUUAAUUGCCGUAAUUAUUCAAUAUCUCACUACUCAGAAUCUCCUUAAUCUGUACUUUCAUUUACUUGUGAUACGGAGUAACAGAUUCUAUUAAUUUUAUUUUUGAAUUAGUUAAUAAAUUGCAACAAUUGUAGAUCUAUUGUAAAUUAUUUUCGACAAUUCUAUUUUUUUGUUUUUUAUUGUUGAACGAAUUUUUUAUCAGAGCUUUAUAUACAGAGUAAUUUUACGUAUUUAAUACGCAGUUAGAAAUAGAUAUGUGGUUGAGGAGAGAGAGAAAGAGAGUGAAAUGCUGGACAUUAUUGAAAAAUUAUGUACUAUAA